AUGGCCGAUAAAGAUCAUUAUCUAGAAGACCUAUUCUGUGAGAAAAAGAUGGAGCUUUCAUUGUUGCAGGACAUAACAAAUAAUUUCUCCCAAGAAUCGGAGAUUGGUAGGGGUGGAUGUGGAAUUGUUUACAAGGUGCUCGUGUGGGGUCCUCGGCUGGAUCAUCUGGAUGCGUCUGAGAAGAGCACGGCAUUGGAGCAAGUGAAGGAAUGCAUCAAAAUAUCAGCAGACUGCACACAACAUGAAGCAGCGAGCAGACCUGCCACACAGUACAUCCUCGCUAGGCUUACGACUCCGGGAAAUUCGCACUGUUCUGCCGCAGGUGGCAUAAACACAUCCACAGUGCCAGCACAAAUGACUCCGGCGCGGGUAGACACAACGACCGGCGUAACCAGCUACAGGAUGCUUUCAGCAAGAGAAUUACAGAUUGCAAACAACAGGCCCGGGCACUGGAGUUGGAGUUCCCACCCACUCCCAUAUUCCAGCAGGAAUGAAGAAUUUGCGGAGCUGAUAAGUGUCUACUGCCUCGCGGUCACCGGAGAGGUCCAGCCAAAGGACCUCUCCGCCGGCAGAAGCUACACGGUUUACCUCGUGUACAAGCUGGCGAUCAUCAACGCUGGACUGGAUGCGGAAGGAUCGGUGCAGACGUCGUCACUCAGGCUCUACGGCAACAGGGUCUACCCCAUGGGCAAGGUUAGCCUCCACCCCGAAGCGCCCAGAACGGCCGACCACGUCAACCACCCUGUCUCGAGGGGCGAUGGCUGGUUGGAGCUUAGGCUGGCAGACUUCGCAAACGAUGGCGAGAUGCUGACAGAACAGGGGGUCAUCGUGGAUCUCCGCGAGGAGAACCUCAGCGUCGAGAAGCGCGGGAUCAUCGUGAAGGGCAUGGAGUUCAGGAGCAACUAG